AGUGCCGCCGCUGCGGCCGUCGUGCCCUCUAGUCCGUCGCCAGCUUGGAGCGCGGCUCGCCGGGCUCUACGCAGCUUGUCCAGGGAGCCGCUCGCUGUCCUCCGCCAUGCCCGUGGGAGCCUCUCCCUCGGUCAGGUCCCGCUACAACCUAGUGGACGACAGGCACGACCUGCGCAUCCCGCUGCAUAACGACGACGCCUUCCAGCACGGCAUCGGCUUCGAGGCCAAGUAUAUUGGCAGCUUAGAUGUACCUCGGCCAAACAGCAGGGUAGAGAUUGUGACUGCUAUGAGACGCAUCCGGUAUGAGUUCAAGGCCAAAAGUAUAAAGAAGAAGAAAGUGAAUCUGUUGGUAUCUGUAGAUGGUGUGAAAGUGGUGCUGAAGAAGAAGAAGAAGAAGAAAGAGUGGGACUGGGAUGAGAGCAAGCUGCUGGUGAUGCAUGACCCAAUCUACAGGAUAUUUUAUGUGUCCCACGAUUCCCAGGACCUGAAGAUCUUCAGUUAUAUCGCCCGGGAUGGCUCCAGUAACACCUUCCGCUGCAAUGUUUUCAAGUCCAAGAAGAAGAGUCAGGCCAUGCGAAUUGUCCGAACAGUGGGGCAAGCGUUUGAAGUCUGCCAUAAGUUGAGCCUUCAGCAUACCCAGCAGAAUGCUGAUGGCCAAGAAGACAGCCACAGUGAGAAGGGCAGUGAGGAUUUGGAGGCACCAGCUUGUGGUCUGGCUGAACCUGAACCUGUCAACACUACUGAGGAAACAGAUAUUGAUGCUGUGGACAUCAGACAGCCAGGGAGUGAUCACUUGGAGUUCAACAGGGGGGUGACAGACCUUGACGCCGUUGGUAAAGAGACGUCUGGCCUACUUUGCAGCAAGGACUUGGUUCAUAAAGAGAAUGUUCUCAUGGCUUCUCCUAAAAUGCUUCUCCCUUCUUCUGCCCAGUUGCCUGAGCCGGCGGUUCCUCUCUCUGCUCACCACCAAAUGCAGUUUCUGCAACAGCUUUUGCAGCAGCAGCAGCAACAGACUCAGUUUGCUGUGGCUCAGGUACAUUUGCUGAAGGACCAGCUGGCCACAGAGGCAGCUGCCCGCCUUGAGGCCCAGGCCCGAGUACACCAGCUCCUGCUUCAGAAUAAGGACCUUCUCCAGCAUAUAUCACUUCUGGUAAAGCAGGUGCAGGAACUGGAGGCAAAACUGCUGGGAUCCAACACCAUGGGCUCUCAAGACAGCUUGUUGGAAAUCACCUACCGAUCAGGUGCCCUGCCUGUUCUGUGUGAUCCUGCCACCCCUAUGCCUGAGGACACCCACUUGCUCCAGCUCGACCACAGCUUCUCCAGUGUUUCCAGUUCUCUGGGCAGCCCUUUAGGUAGGAGUGACUGUUUGGUGAAGCUAGAAUGCUUCCAUUUCCUUCCUAGUAUGGACCCUCCUUUGGGCAGCCUGGAGCUCAUCAAAUUCCGUGAGUCUGGUAUUGCCUCUGAGUAUGAAUCCAACAUGGAUGAGAGUGAGGAGUGGGACUCAUGGGCCCAAGAGGAGCCACGUCGCCUGCUCAAUGUCCUGGAAAAGCAGGGGCUGGGAGAUAGCCUGGAAGAUGAGGUUGCCGUAUGAAAGGAAGAUGAAGUGUCUCAGGUCUGAUGAUAUCUGAAAUGAUGUUUGCAUUUCCUUUAAAAAGGUCUCAGCGAGCCUGUCUUUUAUAUUUCUGUUCUCUAUGUCUGGGUACAGAUUCUUCCUGUGAAAAAGAGUGAGUCUUUUUGGGAACAAAGGUUGAAUUAUAGUUCCCAGUCCACACAGUUAGGCCUACUGAAAACCUACUCUUUUUUCUAUUGACAGAACAAAUAUUACCCAAGAUGUCCCAAGGCCCCUGGACUUGCAUCACUUUAGAGUGUUGGAAUCUGAAGAAUCUUAGCUUUCUUUUAGAAAAGCAGUUUUGAAGGUGAAAGGAUAGUAUGGAAA